CCGGGUUAUCCCAGGGCGAGGAGGCGAGGCGCGCGGCGAGCUGCGGCGUCCAACCGAUCGAGAUGUUUCGGCUCGUUCCAGAGUGAAAGGACCGCCGAGUGAACAACACGCUUCGUCAAGUUUUGUCCGUCUGUUCGAUCGACUGUGUUCCGCGCUCAUCAUGCAACCGUCGACACCGCUGCUCCUAAUGACGUUUGUGGUGUGCUGCUUUGUCAGCGAAGUGAGAACGGAUUACCCCGCGCUCAGGAGAAGUCGCCAGUUUAGUGGCACCCAGAAUCAUGGCACGGCUCGCAACACAGGGGGAAGGAAGUACGAGGUGGAACAGCGAAGACCAACGGGACGAUCGGACGUAAUGACUCCGUGCCCGGGCGAGCAGAGCGGCAACCGGCAAGGCGUGGUGGAGAGCCCCAACUUCCCGGACACGUACCCCUCCAACUCGGACUGCUACUCCGUCAUCCGCGUCAAGGAAGGCGAGCAGGUUGCCCUCAAGUUCGAGACGCUCUUCAUGGAAAGGAACCCCAAGUGCUCCUCGGACUUCGUCGAAGUCUUCGACGGACCUUCGAUAGAAAGCAAAUCUCUCGGUCGCUUCUGCCGGGAGAGCCAAAAGAGCUCCCUGGAGCUCAUGUCGACCGGGAAUACCAUGAUGGUCCACUUCCACUCGGAUGACAUCGUGAACCUGCAGGGCUUCCGGGCGAGGUACCGGGCACACAACGAGGUCCGGAGCUCCCAGGCUGAACCGAGCAACUGUCGCGUGUGGACGGAGGACUCCCGGGGCUUCAUCAGCAGCCCCAACUACCCCGAACCGUAUCCUGCCAACUCGUCUUGCCGAGUGCCCCUAGACGCCGGGCCGAAUAACGUCAUCACACUCUACUUCAUCGACAUCCAGCUGGACCCGUACAAGGACUGCCCGUACGACAAGAUCGAAGUCAGGGACGGCGCCACCGAAGACGCUUACCUACUCGGCCGCUUCUGCGGAGCUCAAGGAGAAGCCGAGGCGGUCACUUCGACAGGACGAGAAAUGUUCUUCUUCUUCAACAGCGAUUCUUAUCUGAGCGGACGAGGUUUCAAGGCAGAAUUCUUGGUUCACAAGAAGCCUAACGGCCCCAAGGACCAAACAGGCAAGAGCAGGGGUUUCGAUGAUGACGAAGAGGUCCUUGACAUCAGGGAAUCCCCUAAAGACGUUUCUCUGCGCUACAAGGAGUCGCAUAUAUUUCGCUGCCUGCCAGCCAGCGACAAGGCCGCAGUCACGUGGUUCAAGGAGGAUGAGCAACUCCGGAUAUUCAGUCAGGACCCAAAUCUAGAGGGACUGCUGCUGGCCGGCAACAACACGCUUUGGGUGAAGGAAAUGGACGUCUCGCUACGAGGAAACUACACGUGCCGGCUUUCUGCCGGUCGAUCGAUAAGAGACAUUCACUUCAAGAUCACUUACGGAGGCCCCUCCAUUGUCAAGCCAGCAUGCGACAUAGUUCUUCGGAAGAUCCCGGGCGACCUGAGCUUCACCCGGGGUGAGACCAUCAUCCUCCCGUGCGAGGCCAACGGCGCCCACGUGGCCACUCACUGGACCCGCAACCAGCUGCAGCUCCGCACGGGUGCUUCGAGGGUCACCAUCCUGCCCAUCGGCUUCCUCACCAUCAACGACUCGCGGCCCGAGGACAGUGGGGUGUACGCCUGCGUCACCACGGACGUGGCCAAGAACUGUUCGCGCUCCUUCAGCGCCGCCGUCGUGGUCAUGCCCAAGUCCAAGGUCCAAGAAGUAUGUGGACGCACUUCGGUGAGCAACAGCGAACAACCGGCAGAGCGCAUUUCCGGCGGUCAGGAUGCCAGGAAAGGGGCGCAUCCCUGGCAGGCUUUGCUUCGUUACCGAAACGGCGACCCUUUCUGCAGCGGUAGCCUGGUGUCCGAACGCUACGUGCUGACGGCGGCCCACUGCGUGGAGAACCUCCGCACGCGCACAGCGGCCAUUGAAGUGGCACUGGGGAAGCUUUUCAUCGACAAGGAAGAGCCCGAAGAGAUCGUCACUGACGUGCGGGACAUUCGGAUUCACCCCAACUACAGGCUGGUCACCGUGGACAGCGACAUAGCGCUGGUGGAGCUGGCGGAUCACAUCAGCUUCAACAAACUGAUUUCCCCAGUUUGUCUGGGACAGUCCGAACACGUGGAGCGAACCUUCUUUGCUCAUCCCAAGACGAAGGCCGUCGUCACUGGCUGGGGACGCACCAUGAGCUCGAGGAGUGCUUCUAGUCGUCUCCAGGAAGUAGAAGUGCCCAUCCACGCCCCGGACACAUGCCAGCGGUCCACAAACUUCACGGUGACCGAGAACAUGCUCUGCGCCGGUGCCACGACGGGGGGUGUGUCCCGCGACGCGUGCGACGGCGACAGCGGCGGACCCCUGGUGGGCGUCAAGGACGGCCGCUCCUACCUCCUGGGCAUCGUGAGCUGGGGCGACAGCGUCCUGUGCGGGAACAAGGGCAGCUACGGCUUCUACACGAAAGUGAACAAAUUCCAUACCUGGGUAAAGAGCAUCAUCGACUGAUCCCCCUGCAGCUGAAAGGAACGGCUCAUGGUUGUUAUUUUCACGGAAGUCAGUACGGCUGCUGGAUGCUUUCAGUUAUCGCCCUAACAACAGACAUUCAUCUUUGUUGAAUCCUUUGACACAAAGAAGCAACCUUUGGUGAAGACCGCUGCAAUUCAAACUAAUCCUUAAAGAUGCGAUUUAUGUUGAGUUUGGACGAAAAGCGCAAAUUCAGCGAAACUUGCAGGACUGCCUGAAAAAUAUACUUGCAGAUCAUUUCUCCUGGCCAGUUUAAAGCUAUUUAGAUUUGUUGACGCAUUUCAUUCUUUUUUUUGUGAAAGCUAAUUUUUGAUUGCAACAAAAAAACAAACAACGGCUCUUUCAAAAAGAUUGAAUGCAGAGGAGGCUUAAAAGUAUAUUCUUAGUUUCUUUAAAGACAACUGUACCCAUUAAUGGCACCUUAAUAUUUCAACAUCACUUUAUUGCAGAUACGUUCCCUGAUGUCUGAGAUUAAUAAACAUUGCUUAUGUGUUAUCGUUAUACUCUAUAAAAAUAUUCCGUGUAUAAGAUAUUGCUUGGAGUGCUUUCUAAGCUCUUGCAUGUUUGAAUGCUGCGUCUCAAACCCAACGCAAUAAUAAUUUUAAAAAAACUGGUAUUUCGCUAUGUCAAACUCGCCUUAAAUUUACAGUGCAGUUUAUCUCAACAAGGCGAGUGCUUGCUCGAAUGGUUUCCUAGUCUCAAACAAAAGAAACAUACAAGGAAUGUGCUCAUAGAAAUUUACAAAUCAUGUGUGUUCCUUGAAGUAAGGGCUACACACACAAAACGAGUUUCCUUUACAAGCAUUUCGCGUAGAUAAAAUAGAAUGAUCUUUCCUGUUCUUCAAUAAAAUCCCAUGUGGACUAGCGUUAUAUUGCUCUAAUAAAAUACUGUUCAAUUUAACAACCCAGUCUCAACAAAAUCAGCGCUAGGGCAGACGCACUUAUAUAUUGAGAUUUGAGUCUCUACGUGCAAUAUUUUGUUCUUAAAUGGUAGAUUUAUCUAUGCUAACUAUUCUUUCUCUGAGACAAGCUCAAGUGAGAUGGCUACUCACUUUAUUCAAUGUAAGCCGUUCCUACCCUCAUGUACAAUUUCUAACAUGCGCACCACGCAGUGUAUAUUUUGAAUUUGUAUUUUCGUUUGAUGGGAUGUGGCACUUGAGGUGCAUUUAGUCAACCUUGCAUUUAUAUAGAUGGGACUGUUGUUUCUCAGGGCGAUGAGAUCCUCCCGAGUCUGUAAAUUGUCUGCUUUUUUUGUGGUAAGUGAGCACUGAGUCGUAGAAAAGCUAAUCGAUGACUCAAAUUUCAUCGCACAUCGUUUUGUUCCCAUGACGCGUAAUGUUUUAUCUUGCUUUGAAUUUCGCUAUUCACUAAUCAUGUAACAUUUUUCAUUGCGCGUGUGCGUGUUUCCGCCUGUGUUCUAAGCUGAAGUGUGAAUUUGAUGUCAUCGUUCAUGACAAAACGUGAGUUCACCAUGCAACGUAGCAAUGUGGAUCUUGAAAAACCCAAAUAUCGUGUAUAUAAAGAACCAUUAUUCAUCUUGGCGACACAUAAACACAACACAAUAAUAUUUGCGAUGCCAUCAUUCUUUGUAUCAUAGAAUCAGCCGGUCAGGCUUCUCCCACAAAACUCAAGCUCCGCCCACACAGAACAGUGCUGGUGUACCAGCGGCCGUCUUCUGGUGAACUGCUGCUUCAGUGUCAGGUUAUAAACACCGCACAUGACAGUUCGAAAAUUAUAUGCUAUUAAUGUCCUGUUUACUGUAUAUUGUUAUAGAAGCGCAUAUUUGUGAUGGCCCAUUCCUUAAUGACAGGAGAAGUUUUAUUUUUUAUUAAGUAGACCAAUUUUCUAUGGAAAUUUGAGGUUAGAGCUUCUAAGUUUGUAAAUAUUGCAAACAUAAACCAAUUGUUAAAGACAUAAAGAGCGUUCAUUAUCUGCGUCCUUCCACUGGGGAGGAUUUAGUACUUGUCACCCACUCCACAAGGCAGCACUCACAUACACUCCGACCUGCUCAGCUCAUGAUAAAGGUCACAUGCACACUGUGUUUUUGUUUGUCGGUUCAUAAUCAACCUGUCUAAUGGUGUCUUUUUUUAAAUUUCUGGACGAUUAUUAAAACAAACUUGAAUAAAGAUGAUGACAACGCUA